AUUGCACAUCCAGAUUACUCAACAACGCCGUGAUACUACCAGCAAUUAUCGCUGUGCACUCUGUGUAUAAAUCCUCUGUUUGAGCAACCUGUAUCGCCAAAUUUCUUUUUAUCCUAUACCAUCAUCAUCAUGGCUAACAUGAAAGCUCUCGUCUCUAACCGAAGCAUUGUCACCAGACUCAUCAACGCCUCACGCGCCAAGGCCAUCGGCGGCCAGGGCGGCCGUGUCCAGGACGAUGUCCCUAUUCCCACCAUCUCCUCCAACGAGAUCCUCGUCAAAGUCAAAGCUGUAGCCCUCAACCCUACAGACUUCAAGCAUCUAGACGUUAUUUCUCCCCCAAACUCCAUCAUCGGAUGCGAUUACGCGGGCGUUGUUCAUCAAGUGGGUGACUCUGUCAGGGAUAAAUGGAACGUCGGCGAUCGUGUGGCCGGCGCCGUCCACGGCGGCUUAUACCCUGACAAAGGCGCCUUCGCCGAGUAUUUAAAGACCGAUGCAGACCUGGCCUGGAAAGUCCCCGGAGGCGUCAGUGACACAGACGCAGCUACAUAUGGAGUCUCUGCUGUGACCGCCAUGCUAGUCCUCAAUGUUCAUCACGGGCUCCCCUUCAUCGAUACCAAACCUGCCACUCCCAAAGAUGAAGCCGUCUUCAUUUACGCGGGAGCAACCAGUGCUGGCCUAUACCAUAUCGAGCUCGCAAAGGCUGCUGGGUACACGGUAGUCACAACUGCCUCGCCCCGUUCAUUCCAGCUAGUGAAGGAGUACGGUGCUGAUGCUGUUUUUGACUACAAGUCACCAUCCGUCGCAGCAGACAUCAUCAAAGAGUAUCCCAAGAUCACAAAGGCGGUGGACUGCUUUUCUGAGGGCAAGUCAACGUCCAUCUGCGCCGCUGUGCUCAAGCCCAGUGGCGGCAAAGUGGUUACACUGUUGCCCAACGGCAAGUCCAGCACUCCUGGUGUAACUUACGAUCUUGUCAUGUCGUAUACGGCCAUGGGGCUUCCCUUUCAGUGGUUACCCCCAAUUGGACCCAAGUUUGAAGCCAGGCCACAAGAUCGUGCGGCCCUUGUUCGCUUUUAUGAUAUUCUACCACAAAUUACACAUAUCUUGAAACCCAUCCCGACUAUUGAGCUAAAGAAUGGCUUUGAUGGUGUGCUUGAAGGAUUGAAUAAGUUGCGGGCAGGCCAGGUAGCAGGAGGCAAACAGGUGGUUAGGUUUAAUACAGAAUAGUAAUAAAGGUAUUUCUUGUA